AUGGGCAGGGCUUUGGUAUAAAAGCAUACUCGUUUCCCCUCAUAGUCGUAGUACAAUUCAGUGUAUCACACCAGAAACACCAUGAAAAUCAUCGUAGCUCUCGUUGCCGUCAUCUUGGCCGCCGCUUCCGUUGAAGCUGGUCACCAUGAACCACACUACGUUCACGCCAUCCAGAUUCAACAACCACACCCAAUUCCACCAAUUCAUCCAGAACCCCUUCAUCUGAAGGUUCAUGACCAUCCAAACCCAAUCCAUUACAAAGUUCCCCAUGUUCCCCAUCCCCAUCUCAUCGGAUACGAAGCUCAUGUUGCUGAACCCGAAAUCAAGGUCGUCAAGCACGGAUGGUAAAUAAAGGUGUUCUAAGGCAUCAUGUUAACAACUGGUCCCCGGUGGCUCUUGCCGUUCGAAUUACAUCGCAUCUGGAUAAAAGGAAGCGGAGGUCGAGUCUUCACUAGGGAGUGCAACAAUUGGAUCUCUUCGAACGACGCUGCACGCAGAGGUCGAUUACGGUGUUUCGGAAAACCCGCGAAUCAAAUUUAGAAUUGAAAAUGCAAUCAGAGCACAUCAUUGGCGCUGGCUUCAGACCACCCGGACCACAGACCAGGCAUCCGGAUUAAAAAAUCUACAAAAAAAACUACAUUAUUGUAUUAAACCACGUCACAUACCCCGCAUCACUCCCCUCCCAACUCCCUUAAAAACACAGUGUUUCUAACUGUGUGGCAUUUGAUACUGAAGAAGACAUCAUGACAUCUGCGCUAAUGUAUAUUUUUUAUGUUCUUCUGCAAAACAUUCUACCCACCAAUUCCCCCCUCGAACCAUACUUUUAUUUAUUUUCUAAUAAAAGUUAUUAGUCUUGUGAUAAA